UGAUCAGAUACCAUCAGGUGUAACGCAGCUUGUGCAUCAAACGCUACCCACAUUAAUAACUGCUGUCCUUUAUGUCGAUACAAUGCGAUUUACGACUAAAGUUUUACCCUCUCGCACUGCGAAUCUCUUCGUGUUGACGCUCAACAAUCCAAAAGCCUUGCAUGCACUCUCGCUCGACAUGAUGCACUUUUUCCAAGACAUUCUGAAAGAAUGCUACGCCGAUGAUUCGGUCGGCGCUUUGCUGGUCAAGAGCAACACAACGGGUAUGAAAACUAAAGCAUUUUGCGCCGGGGGAGACGUCAAACGGGUCUAUCGGUCGUGCUUAGAAGAGCAAGACUCUAGUGUGUUGGGACAAGGCAAGCCUGGCCUUGAUUCGGCCGAAUUCUUUCGACAAGAAUAUGUUGUAAAUCACAUGAUGGCGACAGCUACGAAACCACAAAUCAGCUUGUGGGAUGGAAUCGUCAUGGGUGGUGGGGUUGGGAUCUCGGUUCAUGGCAAGUACCGCAUUGCCACAGAGAAUACCAUUCUUGCCAUGCCUGAAACGAACAUAGGUCUCUUUCCGGACGUUGGGAGUAUGUUUUGGAUGCCAAAGAUGUUGCCGCAUAGUGUGGCUACUUAUAUGGCCUUGACGGGACAUCGGCUAGAAGCGGCAGAUCUACUUUACACAGGUAUUGCUACUCACUAUAUACCGUCUGCGAGAUUGGAUGAUUUGGAAUCCGCUCUUAGCACGGCUUCUAAAAGCUUUAAACCAACAGAAAGAGCGGAAGACUUUGCCGCGCCCCCACCGAUGGAUCCGCACGAUUCAUAUCUCGCACAAGAGCGGCCAGCCAUAGACAAAGUAUUCGGGAUUCUUUCGGAUCGAUCAAAAGGAGUUGAGGAUGUUGUCGAAAGUUUGGAAAAUUUAAAUUCUGAUUUCGGCAGGAAAACAGCUGGCAUACUAAACACAAUGUCACCAACGAGCCUCAAAGUUACACUGGAAGGAUUGCGACGAGGUAAGGAUAUGUCGAGGAUCGGCGAUGACUUGUGUAUGGAGUUCCGUAUGUCGCAGGCCUGUAUGCGGAUUGGCAGUGAUUUUCAUGACGGCAUACGCGCUGCACUAGUCGACAAGGACCGCAACCCACAAUGGCAACCAGCAACGUUAGCUGAAGUGACGGAGCAAAUUGUAGAAUCGUACUUUUUACCUCUCGAAUAUGAAUGGGAAAUCCCCGUCACCAAGACAAAGAUUUCAUCAAAUUUGUAGGUGACUUAAGGACCCUGCGCAAAACGGUCGCUCAUGCCGGAUCAGGGUACAGUCCGAUUUGAUUCAAGAUCGGGAUAGGCUGGAAUACAGGCUCUGUUUGGUUCACUAUCGUAGUUUGGUUUCGUUUCGACCAUCAAGUACGGAGGGCGAGGUUGCUAUGAAUGUGAAUCCAGUUCAGUAGAUACACGAAUUAUGGCGUCGGUCAGCAGUCCAGCCCGCAUCGCCUGUAACGCACAGCAAAAUCGAGGGAUCAACGUUCGGGUUUUAUGAGAGAAACAAAUUUAAUGUUACUUCCAGGGGUAGAAAUAUCUCUAAAACUCGCUCUCUGAUAGAGUCCCCCUCCCCUCCCAUUUCAACAAAUCGGGUUUCCCGCAGCACACAACGAACAUAUUCCAGACCGCACCACGAUUUCGAGUUCCUGAUGACUGUGAAUAACAUCCCUACUGGCUCAUGUUUGAAUGAUGUUCAACGUCUACUAAUAUUCAUUGCAGCCAGAAAUGUUAGUUGUCAGAGCUAUCAGUGAUGGAAGAUUCGGAUGUAAGACAUGCCGAGGAUUAAUGGAUCUGUCAAAAAAAUUUGCUCCCGUAUUUCAAGUCCUCAUAGGUCAUGGACGAAAAUAAGAUUUGGCCAUC